AGUGUGAGACCUGCCCCUUCUUUCCUGACUGAGAAGCACCAUGGCCGCCAGCAUCCUGCAGGCCUCCUUGGCUGCUCUUCUCCUGCUGCCUAUGGCUACGGCCAUGCACUCCGACUGCAUCUUCAAGAAGGAGCAAGCCAUGUGCCUGGAGAAGAUCCAGAGGGCAAAUGACCUGAUGGGUUUGAACGACUCCUCCCCUGGCUGCCCCGGGAUGUGGGACAACAUCACAUGUUGGAAGCCCGCCCGUGUGGGUGAGAUGGUCCUCGUCAGCUGCCCUGAACUCUUCCGAAUCUUCAAUCCAGACCAAGACAUGGGAGUGGUGAGCCGGAACUGCACGGAGGACGGCUGGUCGGAGCCCUUCCCUCACUACUUUGAUGCUUGUGGGUUUGAUGAGUACGAAUCUGAGACGGGGGACCAGGACUACUACUACCUGUCGGUGAAGGCCCUGUACACAGUUGGCUAUAGCACGUCCCUUGUCACCCUCACCACUGCCAUGGUCAUCCUGUGUCGCUUCCGGAAGCUACACUGCACUCGCAACUUCAUCCACAUGAAUCUGUUUGUGUCGUUCAUGCUGAGGGCGAUCUCUGUCUUCAUCAAAGACUGGAUCCUGUAUGCAGAGCAGGACAACAACCACUGCUUCAUCUCCACCGUGGAGUGCAAGGCCGUCAUGGUUUUCUUCCACUACUGCGUGGUGUCCAACUACUUCUGGCUGUUCAUUGAAGGCCUGUACCUCUUCACUCUGCUGGUGGAGACCUUCUUCCCCGAGAGAAGAUACUUCUACUGGUACACCAUUAUUGGCUGGGGGACCCCAACAGUGUGUGUGACAGUGUGGGCUGUGCUGAGGCUCCACUUCGAUGACACGGGCUGCUGGGAUAUGAAUGACAACACGGCUCUGUGGUGGGUGAUCAAAGGCCCUGUGGUUGGCUCGAUAAUGGUUAACUUCGUGCUUUUCAUUGGCAUCAUCAUCAUCCUUGUGCAGAAACUUCAAUCUCCAGACAUGGGAGGCAAUGAGUCUAGCAUCUACUUACGGCUGGCACGCUCCACCCUGCUGCUCAUCCCGCUGUUUGGAAUCCACUACACGGUCUUCGCCUUCUCCCCAGAGAAUGUCAGCAAGAGGGAGAGACUAGUGUUUGAGCUGGGGCUGGGCUCCUUCCAGGGCUUCGUGGUGGCUAUUCUCUACUGUUUUCUGAAUGGGGAGGUGCAGGCGGAGAUCAAGCGUAAGUGGCGGAGCUGGAAGGUGAACCGCUAUUUCGCCGUGGACUUCAAACACCGGCACCCAUCCCUGGCCAGCAGCGGGGUGAACGGGGGCACCCAGCUCUCCAUCCUGAGCAAGAGCAGCUCCCAGAUCCGCAUGUCAGGGCUCCCGGCUGACAACCUGGCCACCUGAGCCCUGCCCUCCCCUCCUCCUCUCCUCCAUAGCACAGGCUGGGGCUGGGGCAGGUGGGCUGCGGCCCACGCAUGUUUGCCUCUUCUUUCCCCUCGGGCAGGCCCUGGGCUGGAAGCUUGGCUUCCUGCGGUGGGGGGUGAGAAGGAUGCAGGGUGCAGACUGGUAUUUCCCCUCCCCAUUUUUGACACCGGCCCCCAUCCACCAUGGUCCCCCAGGCCCUGACCCCAGACAUGUAAAUACUCCUCAGAUUUGGAAACGUUGCCACAUCCCAUGCCCCUUUGCCCAGUGACCCUGCGCACCUCCAGCCGGGUCCCCAGCUCCA